AUGAGUGUUAAAGUACAAUUAAUACAUUAACAAUGGGAUGAUAUUAGGAAAGUUUUAAGAGCCACUUAAAGAAAAGUUAAUAAUAAUAAUAAUCUUUCACUUAUGAAUUGUGUUCCUAUAAAUAACAGCUAAGAUUAGGUGUAAAGGGAAGGAAAUAAUUCAGAUAAUGAAUUAGAAUUUUAUAAUAGCAACUCUAAUGCGUUAUUAUUAAUCAAGGAUACUUGUCGAAACACAAGGCGAAAAUUUUAUUUGAGCUAAAAGAGAAGAGAACUUUCUUCAUAAAAUGAUUAAGAAUUUUACAGUUAGUUGUAAAGUAGAAGAGAAUAAGCAACAAAACAAAGAAUCCUUUACAGUAAUAUUAAGAAUUUUGAAAAAGCAAUUAAAUAAAUAACCACUCCAAAAUUAAGUAUGACAAGACCUUCAACCAGAAUUCGAUAAAAUAGCCAGGAAAUCUAACUAAAUAUGAUCAAUCAAAUUAAAUUAAAUUAAUCUGAUUCAAAUAAAAGAAAUAAAGCAGUACCAAUUGAAACUCACUAAGGUUAUUCAAGUAGUCAUUAAAAACAAAUAAAAAAGAACUCCAACAAUUUUUGGCCUAGAAUUAAAACUCCAGCUCUAGAUAAUAAGGAUAAUAUCACUUAGAUACUGAAAAAAAGAUUUAAAAAAUAAAACGAUUUAUCCUUGGACAUCUGUUGCUUCAACUAUGAAUCGCUCUCACUAUUAAAUCAAACCAAGACACCUACUCUAUAUUAUUAAUGA